AUGAUCACCAUCUCCAGCGAGCUUGUGGAAAUUGUUGUCUCCGUUCUUGCCGAAGACGAACAUUCAUUCAUCACUGGGUUCAAACUUGUCUACGGUGAAAGUUCAUCAAGCACUAGUUUCGGUUAUCAAAUCCCCCAAAAGCAGAUCACGAUUGAUCUUCGCAGUCAGCAGUUGACAGGCUUCGAAGUCUUCGCCGGAGAAGGGGGUAUCCAGGCCAUACGUCCAAUAUUUGACCAAGAAGAUGGAAUACGCCGUAGCGUGAUUGGCACGCCGAAUACAACUUGCGAAUCAGUCCUAGUUACCCCUGACAGAGAGAUAAAAGCCUUUGUGGGGGAUUUCGAUUUUUCUGACUCAAUUAUAGCACUGUAG